CAGAUUUGGACGAAUGGUGUGAGAGAUGGUCGUAAUGUUCAGCGAUUGAGUGAUUGUGUGGAUUGUGUGCCGCAAAUGCAUUGAACGCAUCAUUCAGUGAUUCAGUGAUCCAGUGAUCGGUCUCUAAAUACUCCAUAUAUUUGUUGUCCAGUUGUAAGCAUUGAUUGCAUUGACUGCACGACCACUACAUCCUAACAAAAUGUCUUCGGGCGAUAAGAAGGCGGUGGUGAAGAACGCGGACAUGUCAGAGGAGAUGCAGGACGACGCCGUCAACACUGCCCUCCAGGCGCUCGACAAGUAUAAUAUCGAGAAAGAUAUCGCCGCGUAUAUCAAGAAGGAGUUCGACAAGAAGUAUAACCCCACCUGGCAUUGCAUAGUUGGCCGCAACUUUGGCUCAUAUGUCACCCACGAGACCAAACACUUCAUCUACUUCUACUUGGGA